AUGAAGCCCGAAUAUCUCCAAUCUCAAGAAAUAGGUGGAAGCAUAUGUGGUUCUCUAUGCUUUGAAGAAUCUCAAGAAAUAGGUUAUGGAUUCGGUAGCAUAUGUGGUUCUCUAUGCUUUGAAGAAUCUCAAGAAAUAGGUUAUGGAAUCGGCAGCAUAUGUGGUUCUCUAUGCUUUGAAGAAUCUCAAGAAAUAGGUUAUGGAUUCGGUAGCAUAUGUGGUUCUCUAUGCUUUGAAGAAUCUCAUAGCUAUGUUUCUCUAUGCUUUGAAGAAUCUCAAGAAAUAGGUUAUGGAUUCGGCAGCAUAUGUGGUUCUCUAUGCUUUGAAGAAUCUCAAGAAAUAGGUUAUGGAUUCAGCAGCAUAUGUGGUUCUCUAUGCUUUGAAGAAUCUCAAGAAAUAGGUUAUGGAAUCGGCAGCAUAUGUGGUUCUCUAUGCUUUGAAGAAUCUCAAGAAAUAGAAUCUCAAGAAAUAGGUUAUGGAAUCGGCAGCAUAUGUGUUCUCUGCUUUGAAGAAUCCUCAAGAAAUAGGUUAUGGAACAGCAGCAUAUGUGGUUCUCUAUGCUUUGAAGAAUCUCAAGAAAUAGGUUAUGGAUUCGGUAGCAUAUGUGGUUCUCUAUGCUUUGAAGAAUCUCAAGAAAUAGAAUCUCAAGAAAUAGGUUAUGGAAUCGGCAGCAUAUGUGGUUCUCUAUGCUUUGAAGAAUCUCAAGAAAUUAGGUUAUGGAUCGCAGCAUAUGUGGUUCUUAUGCUUGAAGAAUCUCAAGAAAUAGAAUCUCAAGAAAUAGGUUAUGGAUUCAGCAGCAUAUGUGGUUCUCUAUGCUUUGAAGAAUCUCAAGAAAUAGGUUAUGGAUUCGGCAGCAUAUGUGGUUCUCUAUGCUUUGAAGAAUCUCAAGAAAUAGGUUAUGGAUUCGGUUAUGAAAUCGGCGCAUAUGUGGUUUCUCUAUGCUUUGAAGAAUCUCAAGAAAUAGGUUAUGGAUUCGGCAGCAUAUGUGGUUCUCUAUGCUUUGAAGAAUCUCAAGAAAUAGGUUAUGGAAUCAGCAGCAUAUGUGGUUCUCUAUGCUUUGAAGAAUCUCAAGAAAUAGGUUAUGGAUUCGGCAGCAUAUGUCUCUAUGCUUGA